UUACCUUCAGGAGAUGGCCUCUUCUAAGUCUUUGAUGAACCUUCUAACCUUCAUUUUUGGAUCAGCAAUAGGAUUUUUCGUAUGCUAUCUUCUGUUUAGCAUUGUACUAGAAGAACAGGUUAAGAUCCAGCCUCAUAUCCUUCACAAUGAUCCACAUGGUCAACACUCAGCAGAUACCGAUAACAAUCAGCUGCAAGGACAAAUGAAUUUCAAUGCAGACUCUGGACAGCAUAAAGAUGAGAAUAAAAAUAUUGCAGAGGGACUGUAUCAGAAGGUGAAAAUACUGUGCUGGGUCAUGACUGGACCUCAAAAUCUAGAAAAGAAAGCCAAGCACGUUAAGGCCACUUGGGCCCAACGUUGUAAUAAAAUACUUUUUAUGAGCUCUGAGGAGAAUAAAGACUUUCCAGCUGUGGGCCUAGAAACCAAAGAAGGCAGGGACCAACUGUACUGGAAGACUAUUAAAGCUUUUCAAUAUGUAUAUGACCAUUAUUUUGAUGAUGCUGAUUGGUUUAUGAAAGCAGAUGAUGAUACAUAUGUUAUAUUGGACAAUUUGAGAUGGCUUCUUUCAAAAUACAGUCCUGAACAACCAAUAUAUUUUGGAAGAAGGUUUAAGCCUUAUGUGAAACAGGGCUACAUGAGUGGAGGAGCAGGAUAUGUUCUGAGCAAAGAAGCUCUGAAGAGAUUUGUUACUGCAUUUAAAAUGAACAAGUGCUCUCACAGUUCCUCAAUUGAAGACCUAGCACUAGGAAAAUGCAUGGAGGUCAUUAAUGUGGAAGCAGGCGAUUCUAGAGAUACAAAUGGUAGAGAAACCUUUCAUCCCUUUGUUCCAGAACAUCUCUUAAUCAGAGGAUACCUACCAAAAACAUUCUGGUACUGGAAUUACAAUUAUUAUCCUGCUGUAGAGGGUCCCGGAUGCUGCUCCGAUCUAGCAGUUUCAUUCCACUAUGUUGAUUCUGUGACUAUGUAUCAUUUGGAAUAUUUGAUUUAUCAUCUCCGUCCAUAUGGGUAUUUGUAUCGGUACAAUCCUGAUACAGCAAAGAAUCCAGAAGAUCAGGGCAAAAAUGAAGCACUGGAGGAUAAUCAAAAGCUAAAGCAAAAAAUUUCUGAGAAUUAAUUGAACUUUGAAGAAAAUUAAAAGAAGCCAGGACAAUGAAUAAGAGUCUUCUCAAACUCCUGCAUGAAGCUUGUGGACUAAAAUUACUCAUGACGAUUCUUAUUUAAAAAUUCACAUUGGCAGUACUUCCUGUUGCUAUCUGUGUACAACAGAGUCCGGUGCCGGCUCUGACUGUUUGGGAUAGUGUGACCUUGCAGCCCUUGCUCAUAAAGAUUUGGGUCCCUAAGUCUGUGAGGUAGGAGGUGGU